AGUCCACAGAGUUGCUCGCUGCGGUGCGGACCUCGUUCGGGAGUUCGAGAUACAAGAGAUACGAGAAUCGAUUCGUGCCAACCAACUAAAAAAGCCGACCGAAAGAUACGGGGAACAGCGAUUUUACUACGUUUGUGGUUUGGCAGCGUCUUUUGUUUUUCGGCAUCGGUUUUUUCGGCUGCCCGCGGCUAAACUUGAAAUUAAAGCUGAUUCGGCGAAGCCAGAUACAAGAUACAUAUGCAGAUGCGAGCUUAAUGCUGAUCUGCAGAUAGACAAACAGUGAAGUGAGAUAAAAGUGGCGAGAUACUCCGCGAACCCACGUCGAGAUACUUUAUUUAUAUUGUCCUGGAUUAAAUAUAUCUAAAAACAUCUCGAUUGUGGCCGUCAACAUGUCGAGCUAAGCUGCGACUGCUCCAGCUCAAGUCAACCCAGAUCGCGGAUCACAGAUCACAUAACCGAAGAUGCUGGACAAGAUGACAAGCUCCUCCGUGUCGGUGUCCACCUCCUGCUGCAGUUCGAAUGCCACCAAUGCGGACCUAGACUACGAUGUGCCUGUCUCGCGGCGCAUCCUCAUUAAAUCGAAACUUUAUGCCAAGGCCAUUUACGAUAAUUAUGCAGACACGCCGGACGAGCUGCCCUUCAAGAAGGGCGACAUCCUCACAGUCAUCGAGCAGGACACGGAGGGUAUUCAGGGAUGGUGGCUCUGCUCUCUGCGCAACCGACAGGGUCUUUGCCCGGGCAACCGGUUGCGCGUCUUGAACUCGUACGACUCUGGAUGCUUCUCCCCGUCGCCGGCCAGCUCCCCGAUUCCGUCCCUGGCGGCCAGCACUGCUACGCUGAACAGCUCCAUCUGCUCGGCGGAGAUCUACGAGAACGGUUCCAUCAUCAGUGCGGCCUCGUCCUCGAACUCCACUUCGGGAGGGGUGAACGGAGGAUCGGGAGCGGAGUCCACGGCGGCUCACCGCGGAACGAGAAGAUCGUGGCACGUCUCGCCGAACAAGGUAAUCACACCGCAGAGGCACGGUGAUGUGUACAUCUACAACUGCUCACCAGGAUCAGCUACUGGAACUGGGACAGGAGCAGCCCAAGACACGCCGCACCAGCAGCAGAUCUAUAGCAACCAAAGCAUCUACCAGAACCUAGCCAUGAUGUCCGGGCCCCACCAGAACGGAAGUGGUAGCGAGUUUGAGACCUACGACAUACCGAAGCCAGCCACGCCCGUGCCGCUGAACUACGACAGUCCCAGGAGUGGCGUUCCGCCAAGGACUCCGACCUGCGGCUCCAGCCUGGGCGCCCGCUUUGAGUCGCUCAAGAGCGUGGCCGCCUCCAUCGAGGAGGAGUCCUACGAUGUGCCACGGCCUCUGAUCUCCGGAAGCAGCAUACUUCAGCAGCAGAUGUCCCAGAUGACGCCGAGCAGCUCCGCCUCCUCCUUGCUGACCAACGACAGCCUCUCGUUAAGCUUCUCCAGCUCGAACCGGUCCUCGUUGGCCAACAUGCCCGACUACGACAUCCCACGUCGCAAUCCACUUCCUGUGCGUCGCCAGCAGAGCGGUCUGGCCUACGACUUCCCGCUGCCCCCGCUGCAGGAGCAGGAGCAGCGAGUGGUCCCCACUCCCGCAACAGUCACAUCUUCCAAAGAACUGCCGCUGGAGCUGAGCUCGGCGCUGGAAACACUGGCCAAGCUGCAGCACCAGACGACUGCCGCCAUCAGCCGGCUGCUAAGCUUUGUGGUGCCCAACUGGCGCACCCAUGCACAACUGGAGCCGGCCAUCAUGGAGCUGAAACUGGCUGCCCUGCGUCUGCGCACAGCUCUUCACGACCUGGCCGAGUUCGGGGAGGGAGCCCUGGGCAAUGCCACCCGAUCAGAAGAUCGCAACCUGGCCCUCAAGUUGAGACCCUUGGUGCGAGCUUUGCGUGAUGCCAACAAGCUGAUACACGACUCCUCCGAAUCCCUCGAGGCCCAGGGCGGCUGGUCCGUGGAGCAACUCUCCCGAAACGACGAAAAGCACGGCUGCCGACCACCUGACGCACUGGACCAAUUGAUGGCCUGUGCCCAGACGCUCACCGAAGAUGUGCGCUCCACCACCAGUUUCAUCCAGGGCAACGCCUCGCUACUUUUUAAGCGACAACUGGUCGCGGAACAGAAUGUAGGUGGUGCGACCGGAGCAGUUGAGGGCAGUCGUGGAAGUGCCGAGUGGCUGGAGGAUUACGACUAUGUGGCCUUCGAGUCCAAGGACGCGGCCGCCCGAAAGAACCAGGCGCUGCGUGAGGCCAUUCCCGCCGGGCUGAAGACGCAGUUCGAUACGGUGAUCCGCACGGCCGAGAGCUCGGCCAUGGGCGGCACUUCUGGAUCGAUUCCCACCACGCCCACGGCACCCAUGACGCCCUGCAAGUCACCGGAGAUGACCGACAAAGACAAGAAGCUGGUGCGCUAUUAUGCCCAGCAGAUCUCCACGCACAUGGGCAACCUGAUGCAGGCUAUUGACUCCUUCCUGGAGACGGUGGAGAAGAACCAGCCCCCCAAGUUUUUCAUUGCCUACGGAAAGUUUGUGGUUGUUAGCGCCCAUAAUUUAGUGACCAUCGGCGACAACGUCCACCGAAACAUCUCAAAGGAAGCGCUGCGGGAGAAGAUCCUGCGCUGCACCAACGCCCUCUCCGACGCCCUGAAGACCUGUGUCUCCAAGUCGAAGAAGGCGGCGGCGCACUUCCCCAGCGGCAGUGCGGUCCAGGAGAUGGUCGACUCGGUGGUGCAUAUCAAUAGCCUGGCCAGGGAACUGAAGGCGGUCAUGCUGCAGGCUGUGCAUCUUUCCACUGCGGCGGGCGUGGGCGCCUGAAGAGAAGUCCUGCCAACCCGGGCAGCCCAGCCCGAUCCGAUCGAUCCCAAGCCCAGUAUUAGCUGAGAGGCGUGCAGCCAAGUCUUCCAGCUUUGUCCACGCUUUGACAGAUGUUCCAUAUAUCUGAAAUUGGCAUAUCCUCCUGAUCCCCAGAAAACAGCGCCGAUUGUCGCUUAUAUUUUGCAUUGUGAUAUUUUUGAGCAAAACAUCUGAAAAUGCACAGCACCGCAGUCACGAUCAACCGAUCCCUGCCAGAGCCCACAACCAGGUUAGCCUAAGUCUUCGAUUCUGUACAUAGCAAGCUCAUCCUAGCCUCCGACUAUUGUAAAUUAGCAUAUUACCAUACUUCCCAUGUCAUGCGCACAAGCAAUGUUGUAUCAGUGAAGCAUUUCAGCGUAGUUUUGUAUACUCUAGGAUAGGUCUUACCACAUAACCAUUUGCUUAGAUAAAGCACGCAUAUAUAGUACUUGCAUAGUCAGAAUCUGAAAGAUUUACACUCAACAUUUGCAUUGUGCUGCGGCGACGAUAGUCAGCAAUAUACGAAAAUACACGCAUAAAUUAUAAAUUACCAAGUAAACUGUAUGUUAUAUGAACAAAAUUGGAAUUGGCCCCUCGAGACCAGCCCCAGCGACAACUAUACACUUAAAUAAAAUAACAUAAAAUUUAA